AUGUCAUUGAGCAAAUCCUCCGCUCCAUCAACCGCCCGUUCAGUGUUCCGUUUCGUGUUCUCACGAAACGCCAGCACGUCUUCGCCGACGCCGACGCCAGCGAGAAUCCAAAUCAAAGUUCCGUCAGCCGAGCAGGGACACUUCCAGUACUCGCGUAACUGGUCAAGAGAUCCACGCUUCGUCAAAGUCGCUAUUCAGAAGGGAGACACGCCUUAUCAAUUCCUCGUCCGUCGUCUUGGCCACGCCUACGAAGUCUACCCACUAUUCUUCCUGACCGGUGCCUGGUUCGCUCUCUUCCUCUCCGCCACCUACUGGAGCUUCGGAAAAGCUGAAAUCUGGCUCGACAGAUCCCAUACAACUGCUCCAUGGGACUGGGAGAGACUCCGUGACAACUACUGGAAACUUCCAACCGUCGCUUUCGAUAUGGAUGGACGCACUCGUAAGAGAUGUGAGAUUAUGGAACAACUUCAGGAUGAAAUGUUGGAGGCGGCCAAGAAAAGAGGAACGAGAUAA